AUGGGCUUCUCGAUCUGCGCCCGUCGCGUCGCUCUCUGCUGCCUCUUUCUCGUCGUCGCCGCGCCGUGUCUGCUGACGUCAGCGCAGUUCCCCAUCCCCUCGCAGUACGACGGCUUGAUCUACGGUGCUGACGUCAGCGAGCGGCAGCCGGUGCUUCUGGAGGCGUUCCUGGAUCUGACGUGUCCGUCCUGCCAGAGCGCGUGGCCCGUGUUGCGCCACUUUCCACCACAACUCGUACUUCGCCUGGCAGGCCACCACCGUCGCCGCAAUCAACGGCUCGCUCGAGCUCGUUCCCUUCAGCCCCCGUUCACUCUCUUCCCCACCGCCCCUCUCCCCCACUUCCUCUGCCCCUCUCCCAGUUUCCACCACAACUCCUACUUCGCCUCGCAGGCCACCAACGCCGUCGCAGCCAUCAACGGCUCGCUCGCGUUCGAUUGGAUCGACGCCGUCUUCGACGAGCAGGACGACCUGUCGCUGAGCGCCACGUGGCAGAAGACGCCCGAGCAGGUCGCGGCGCAGCUGGCGCGGCUCGCGUCGGAGCGCCUCGGGAUUGACGAGGAGAGAUUCAAGGGGUCGUUUUUGGAUGCGGAGGUUGAAUGGCGCACUCGACUCGCGUUCAAGUACGGGUGCUCGAGGGCAGUGGUGGGAACGCCAACUUACCUGGUGAACGGAGUGGCGGUGCCAAUGGCUGCAGCCGAGUGGACCAUCUACGACUGGCGCGCCCUCCUUGACCCCCUCGUGGCCCCAUCCGUCCUGGAUUCGCACUCUCGCUCCCCUCGGAAGCUGGCGCUCGAGUGA